AGGAGCGAUGCGGGCCUGGCCGCGGUGGUGAAGCGCAGCCUGAUGGCGUUGCACCGUUGUAAUUCGGCACGUCCGUACUGCAGGCUGUCCUCUCUCUGUCACGUAGGGCCUUGAGCUGGUGAUGGAGGCGUCGACAAGUCCCGUGUUUCUUUUCUUAUGUUUGAAUAUUAACUAGUAGUCAUUUUGCAGAGGUGUGAAACCGUUUUUUUUUUUAAUGUUACAGCUACACUGCAAGAAUGAUCAUCCCAGUCAGAUGUUUCACAUGCGGAAAAAUAGUUGGAAACAAGUGGGAAGCCUAUCUUGGCCUUCUGCAAGCAGAGUAUACAGAAGGAGAUGCCCUGGAUGCCCUUGGUUUGAAGAGAUACUGCUGCCGCAGAAUGCUCCUGGCCCAUGUGGAUCUGAUUGAGAAGCUUUUGAAUUAUGCACCCCUGGAGAAAUGAGAUAGAUGAACAAAGCACCACACUGCAAACUACAUGAAAUUGAUUGCUAAUGCUGAACUUGAAAGUGGACUUCAGGUAGUAAAAGAUGAAAGCCACCUGUAAUGUAGCCAUUGAGAGAUGCUCACCUUCUGGAGAAAAUACUGCCCCAACACACUAACCUCUUUCAAGGAAACAAAGGAAAGAUGAAGUCCAUUUGACCAAGAUUUGGAGAUGAAGUUAAAUGUUUGGAUGCUUCUUUUUUUUAAAUCUGUGUUUGGAGUUGUUUUGUGAACUUUUAGAUGCAGCUGCCAGCAAAAAUAAUUGUUUAUUCAUAUAGAGAGAUUACUAUAUUUCAUUAAAAUGUUAAAGGAGGUCCUCCCCUGUAGACUUCCUACAGUUUCUGGA